AUGGCGAUGAUGGUGACCGGCCGUGUGCUGCUGGUGUGUGCCCUCUGCGUGCUGUGGUGCGGUGCUGUUUUUGGACACGCGACGGAAGAUUACUGCGGUGAGGGUGGAGGGAACGGUUUGAGGCACACGAGUAAUGGUGGAGAUGACGGCGUGUCUCUAAAGACGGACUGCGGGUUGUUAUCCAGUCGAAUGGGAUUAAUAAAGGCGGUUGAAGCUUCGGAUGCAGGGCCAGAAUUGAGUGUUGUUCCGGAACAAGUUGAAAAAUCGCAGGAUACGGAGAACUCAUCGAAGGAUAAGACAUCGCGCAGUGGAGCGUCUGUUCCAGACGGAGAUGGUUUCGCAGGUCAACCAGCACCGCCGAAGCCCGGAGAAUCAGGUCCAGGAGGGCAGGAGAGGGAAUCGGGGGUGUUGGAUCCAAAUGUAAGAAAAGAGGCAGAAGAGAGGAAUGGAAGUUUAUCUGAAUCCCAGAAACUAAGAACCGAUCAAUCUUCAACAACUGGCGGUCCUGGAACUGAGGAUAGUGAAGAACCCGCUUUGGAGGAUACUUCCGAGAGAAAUGGAUCCUCCAACAUCCACCUAAAUGAAGAAGAUGCGGGUGAAGCGGAAGUACAAGAAAUAUCAGAACCAGAAGAACCAGAAAAAGACAAAAGUAAUAUGGCACUCACGGAGACACAUGACAGUCAAGCGAAACAGAAAGAAGCACAACUACCAACACCACCCACACUACCAACAACACAAGUGGAUGAACAUUCCAGCCCUGGAGAUACCGUGGCUAAGCAACAGCUACAAAAACCCCAAAGUGAAAUGGGCCCAAACGAGAAUUCACAAUCAACGAGCGUUGCUACAAUCACAGCCAAUCAGCACAAUGAACCAUCUGCCGACCAUGCAGGAUCAAGGCCACCAUCACCCACGGCAAACGGUGAUGCCGCCAAUCAUGAAGCUGACAAGACCACUGAAGACGGCAUCCCGAACAAUGAUCCAGCAGCUGAUGGUGCAGAGACACGAGAGGGAAAACGAAAUGAAAAUAAAGAAGCCAAUCCGAAGGAAACACCAGUUGAUGUCACAGCCAUGAAAACUACAACGGCGAAAGCUGGCGACAGUGACGGCAGCAGCGCGGUCUCCCACACCACCUCCCCUCUUUUGCUUCUUCUUCUUGGUGUUGCGUGUGCGGCUGCUGCUGCGGUGGUGGCCGCGUGA